AUGAGAAUACUAUUAUUUGGGGAUGAAAACUUUAGCUUUUGUAACGAUUUUUUAGCAGAACAUGAAAAUGAUGUUGUUGAGGUUUGCAGUUGUUUGAAAGAAAAUGAAUUAAAACAAGAAGCUAAAAAUAAUAUCCAAGAAUUAAGUAAAAAUAUUGUUAUACAUUAUGGUAUUAAUCCUGUACAGCUCAAAUCAAAAUUUGCACCGAAUACUUUUGAUGUGCUAUAUUAUAUUUUACCUGGAUUGUCAUUUCAUGGGUAUCCAGAUUUUAUUGACCCUCAAACAGAAAUGUUUAAAUUACGUUUAAAUUUAUUUACUUUUAGCUUUUUAAAAAGUAGUAAAAAUAUAAUAAAACCAGAUGGCUAUGUAUAUUUAUUAUUUCCAGAAGAAAAUCAAAAGCUUGAGGGUAACUCCGCCGAAACAACUGCUACAACUGCAAACAAUGAAAAUGAAAAUACUAAUGAUAAUAAUGAGAGCCAAGUAGGAGAAGGAAAAGAUACUGAUACUGAAAAAAGAAAAUCUAAUUUACCAUUUCUACCUAUUGAACCUCAUAAAUUAGCUAAAUUUUGUAAUAUAUCUAGAGAAUAUAGCAAAGAUUAUUAUUUAAAUUUAUCUAAUCAUGAAAAAUGGUUACCUGUCUUGUUUAAUAUGCCAAUUGUUAAUGAAUUACCCGAUUGGGUAAAAACAUGCAAAUAUUAUUGUUUUAAAAUGACAGAAAAUGCUAAUAAUAAAAAUAAUACUCCUAAUGGCUCGCCACCAGAAAAUAAAGAAAAUCAAACAAAUGAUGAAAAUAAUGCAGAAGGCGAAGAAAACAAAGAAAAUGAAAAUAAAAAUGAUUUAAAAAGAGAAGAUGAAAAAAGACAAGAUGACAAUGAUGAACAAAAUGGAACUGAAGAAAAUACAAACAAAAAUGAUGACAAUAAUAAUGAGGAUGGAAAAGAAAAAGGAAAUAAAUCAAAUGAAAAAACAAAAGAAAAUGGUACAGAACAAGGAAAAGAUAAAGAAGAUCCUGAUGAGUAUAAUGUGUUAAAAAUUCCACCACAAGUUUUUGAUUACCCAAUUGAAAAAUUAGGGCAUGUUAAUGAAUGCUUUUUAUUUAAAUUAUAUUCAGUAAAUAGUAAAAGCGUUUUAAUUUCUAGAUUAACUUUAAAAUACGAUCCAAGAAUAUCAGGAUGGAAAGGGGAUAACAAAAUUAAAAAAGAUAUGAUGAAUACACCUAUGGGUAUGAAUAUGAAUAAUAUGAAUAUGAUGAAAAAUAUGAACAAUUUAAUGAAUAUGAAUAAAUUUAAAGGUGGAAAAUUUAAAAAUAAACAAAAUAAAAAUGAUUUUCAACAACAAUAUAAAAAUAAUAUGAUGCAAAAUAAUAUGGUAUAUGGAUUAAAUAAAAAAGGAAAUGUCAAUUUACCUCCUCCACCACCAACUAAUUUAAAUAUGCAAGCAAAUAAUGUCAAUAUGCCUAAUCAAAAUAUGAACUAUAAACAAGCAAAAUUCCCUUUUGUUAAUAAUUUUAAAGUUAUUCCAAAUAAUUUAACACAAAAUGUACAAAAUACAAUGGCAAAUAUGCCAAUUAAUGUUAACCCUAACAUUUCAAACAACAUGAUGAAUCCAUAUAUCAAUGGAGCCUACAAUACAAACUUUAGAAAUAAUAUUUAUCAACAAAAUAUGCCCAUUACAUCACCUAUGGGAGCCUAUAAUAAGAAAAUGUAUCAAGGGAACAAUAUGAACAUCAAGAGAAAAAAUGACUCAUAUAAUUGUGAUAGCAUGGAAAAGAGCUACGACAAUUUUAAUAUGAAGGAGAACUACAAAUCAGAUGAUGAUAAUAACAAUAUGAAUGCAUACAACGAUGAUUAUGAGCACGAUAAGUUUGAUAACAGUGGGAAUUCUAAAAAUAUUCACAUCAAAAAUGCAGAAGACCCAGAUUAUUACUUCUUGCAACAGCAAAGGAGAAGACAAAAUCAAUAUGGGGCCUACUAA